GAAGGAGGCCCCGGGGUGGAGGGGAGAGAGAACAGCCGGCCGCUGGGCCCCGCCGCCAGCUCGCCAGACGACGAGGACGACGAGGAGGAGGAGGAAGAAGAAGAAGCGGAGAGGAAGGAGGAGGAUGGAGGAUAAGAAGGAGGAAGGCGAAUCCGAGAUUCAGGAGCACGGGCCCGAGCAUUGGUUCACCAAGUGGGAGCGGCAGUGCCUGGCCGAGGCCGAGCAGGAGGAGCAGCUGCCCCCGGAGCUGCAGGAGGAGGCGGCCGCCGCACAGCCCGAGCACAAGCAGCAGAAGCUGUGGCACCUCUUCCAGAACUCGGCCACCGCCGUGGCCCAGCUCUACAAAGAUCGAGUGUGUCAACAGCAAGGACUUUCCCUCUGGGUUCCCUUCCAAAAUGCAGCCACUGCCGUUACCAACCUCUACAAAGAAAGCGUGGAUGCCCAUCAACGAAGUUUUGAUCUAGGAAUUCAAAUUGGCUACCAGCGUCGCAAUAAGGAUGUGUUAGCAUGGGUUAAAAAACGCAGAAGAACUAUUCGUAGAGAAGACUUGAUCAGCUUCCUCUGUGGAAAAGUUCCUCCUCCACGAAACUCUAGAGCUCCCCCAAGACUAACUGUAGUAUCCCCUAACCGAGCUACUUCAACAGAAACUAGCUCAUCUGUAGAGACUGAUUUGCAACCCUUCCGUGAAGCCAUAGCUCUGCAUGGUCUUAGUGGCGCAAUGGCUAGUAUAAGCGUUCGUUCAAGUACUCCAGGCUCUCCUACUCAUGUAAGCAGUGGAUCGAAUGCUAGUCGAAGGAGAAAUGGACUCCAUGAUGUGGAUUUGAACACUUUCAUAUCAGAAGAAAUGGCACUCCACUUGGACAAUGGUGGAACUAGAAAGCGUACCUCAGCCCAAUGUGGCGAUGUCAUUACAGACUCACCAACUCAUAAACGCAACAGAAUGAUCUAAACUGCAAAAUUUUCAAACCCACCAUGCUGCUUGAAAGCCACUUGAUCCUCAACAUACUAUUGAAAAGGAAACAUGAGGCCAUCUUCCCUUGUUCACUGUUUAAGACAAGUGAAUUCAAUAAUGAUUGCCAUAAAGGAAGUUUUAGGUAUUACAGUAGAUGCCUCUUGUAACUAUGGCUUUCUUAAACUAUAAUCCUAGCAGAGGACAUCAGAUAUUGUGUAGUAGUUAGCAAGAUCAUCAUAGGCAAACAUGUAUCCGUUCCAAGGCUAAAAGUGACCUUACUUGUAUUCUUAAAGGGAAAGGAAAUAUCAGAUGUUUAUUUGGUUAUAGAAUGCUUUUUUGUCCUUUAUUUCCUGCUGUGUUGAGUAUUUUGCUUCAACAGUAUUUGCCAGUUGACUGAAAUUGUCUAAAACAUGACUUGGCAUCUUUGUCGAAUCUGCAGGCUUCCAUUUUCGCAGCACUGUACCAUGCACCUAGUUUCUAUAUAGUAACAGUGUGCAAGUUAUAAAUAUUGGACUGUGCCCUUUUUAGUUUUAAAAGCAGUUGAUAAUUCUGGUGAUUGUGUGAUAAUGUAAAGAGGUGCUAUGAUGGUCAUGCAAUUAAUACUUAAUAUUGAAUCAAUACAAGGAUCUUUAUUGGAUUCACUUUGUGUGUUUUAGUGCUCUAAAAGUAGCAAUAUUAAACUUUUCCCCAAUUAACCUCAUAGACUUAAAAUUUUCAGUUUUGAAAUGAUAUAAUUAAUGUACUUAUUUACAUGCCGGUACUGUCCUUGUGGUAAGUGUAAGCACUGCAGACUACAUUCUGAGUGACCUAAAUUUAGAGAGGUCGUGAAAUUUGAGAAUAGGCUUCCUUUUGGGUUCAGUAUUAGUGAAGGGGUAGGUAUCGUAUGCAACUAUAUAUCCAGUUUUACAUUUCUCAUGAAUGCCCAUGUUUGUGGCAGGUGUUAACUUUGGGCUGGGUAGAGGGUAAAAGUAUGUAUUUUGCCUGCUAAUGAACAAGAUAUGAUCACUGUUUAAAAAGGGGGGUGGGAGGGGAAACCAAUUGGAAUAUCAUUCUUAAAAAGAUGGAAUCUCAUGCAGGUUCUAUAAUUGUUAGGUAGACCUAAACAAAAGUUCUUUCAAAUAGACACCUGGACAAAUGUAAGACCUCUUAUAGCUACAAUGUUUUGAAGCAUGUUUUCUCUUCAUCUUCUAAUACCUUGAACCAAAUGUAGUGUUCAUUAGAUGAAGAACUUAAUGUAAGCUUGCCAGUCACUGUAAGUUACUAAAUGGCAUUCUUACAUCACGUAGGACAAAGAUAAGAGUGUUUCCUUGCCCAUUAUUGGUUAUUUCCUGUUUUUAUCUCAAGACCAUUCAUUGCAAAUCAAUGUAGGGAUUUUCCAGUAAUUAAUUAUAGCACUUAGAGUUGGCAGUUUAUUGAACCACUUUAUAGUCUUGUGAAGACUUAAAUUAAAUUGGGCGCUAAAGUUGACCAUAAUGCUUAUUGGCCUGGCUGGAUGUGAAUGGAACUUUGAAAGUUGGGAAUGAAUUGAAAUUCUGGGACUCCUUUUUUGACCUUAUUUUUCAUACUUGAGCUUGAAAUGAAAAUCCAUUCUAAGACAAAAAUUUAGGUAUGAUUUUAAAAAAUCAUUCAUUUUUGCAGAGAACACACACACCCACACACACACCCACACACCCACACACACCCCUCCCUACAGGUACAUAAACAUUCUGUCUCACACAGCCUCUUGUAAGGAAUACAGCCACAGGUGGAAUUAUAAUGCUCUGUCAUAUUUAACCUGAAACGGAAAAUGCCUAUGUAUUGUGAACACUUUUCCCAGCCUUCCACUUCAUAAGAAUUCACCAAGAAAUGCAUCUAGGAUCAUCUUUGUUUUUCUAUUGCUUGUAAGUUGAAUGCUGAAAUUGGGGUGUGUUGAUGUGAUGCUAAGAGUGGAUGGCACUCCUUUGCCUAAGGGAGUUUGAGGUAGUGGAACACGUUGAUUUAACCCAUCCCCUUAUGUAAUUUUGUUCUAGCUCCUCUUUUCCAAGUUGAAAUAACAAUUUUUUUUUUUGUUUUAAGUUGGUGCUCUGAAUCUUAGUCCUAGUACCCUUUACACUAAAUUGUCAAAUUUUGAUAAACUUGUGCCAUUUUCUUUGGUAAGAGAAAGCAGGUCUUAAUGUCUGCCAGAACACAAUUUAUAAGCCUGACAGGCUCCAUUAAACUUUUUUAAACUUUAAUAUUGGCUACUUUUUUUCAAUUUCAUUUAAUAUUAAAUGCUACUUGUCACUUAAAGUACUUCCUUUCCCUACUCCCAUGCCCCAGUCCUUACGUUUGCCAUCUCUUUACAAAAUAAACCUUAAAGAUGCAUGUAUUUCCCAUGAGCAGAAUGGGGAAUAAUUUCUUAAAAGGAAAAAUAGGUCCAGCACUUAGGAUUUUGAAGCCGUUCUUGUGCCAGUUACAAAACAAAUCAUGGAAGAUUGCCUUUGUGUGUGAUAUUGUGUUUUUUUUUUUUUGUUUGUUUGUUUUUGGAAAAAUAGCUCUUAGAAGACAUUUUUGGUCUUUUAAGAACAGUGUACAUUGAACUUAAAAUAUGGUUUAGUUUGGGAAACCAGAACCUCUUCUUAACCUUGCUUGAUCCUUUGAUCCUUUAACCUCCACAGCUGGUCAGUUCUGUUUCCAUGUAGGCAGACUUAACUUGGCAUGAGUGGGUUCAGUACAUCUUACACUGCAGUGACCUGAGCUUGGCUAAAGUAUUAAGAACUUAAAAAUCAUAAUGUCUGAGACAUAAGACAAUAUUAAUGGAAAACUCAUUUGGCUAAAUCUAAAGUCCUGCAGUCAGAUUCUUAAAUGUGGUUUACCCAACUGGAGUAGUAUACACCUUAAAUCAUAAUUCUAAUAAAUAUUAAAAAAAACCCA